GUGCUGGCCACCCUGACAUGUGUGGAACGGUGGGUGUGUGUAAAUAUCAUCAGGCUGCUUCGUGAGGAGAACACGGUGCCGUUCAUGGUCCGCUACCGCAAAGAUAUGAUCAAUCACAUGGACGCUGACGCUGUCCGAGACGUCCAGCUGGUAUAUGAAGAGUUAGGCACCCUUUCCAAGAAGACCCAGUCUGUGAUUCAGACCCUGAAGAAAGACGGGGUUUUAACAGUCGAGCUGGAACAAAACCUGAGGAGCUGCCGAUCAGCUGAUCAACUGGAUCAUGUGUAUUCUCCCUAUAAGAAAGGCAGCAAGCUGACGAAGGCUCGCCGGGCCAAAGCCCUCGGUCUUGAGGAUGCCGCCUCUUUACUCAUGAACACACCACACACUCUUGAUUUAAGGACAUGGGUAAAACCUGGUACUGAAGGUCUGUCAUCAGUGGAAGAAGUGUCCACAGGUGUGGAGCAUAUCUUAGCAGAUUUGAUCGCCAAAGACCCUGAGACACUCGCCUAUGUGAAAACAUUGUGUGAGAACAACUUUGUGACCAUCCAGUCGUCUGUGUCCAAGUCUGCACUUAAGGAGAAGGAGCAAAACUCUGUCCAAGAUCACAAAAAACCAGGGGCCAAGCAAAACAAAAAAAUGGACAUUGACAAGUUCCACCUAUACGUUGACUUCACCUCCAACAUCCAACGCAUCCAGCCCCAUCAG